AUGGCCGGCCUUGAUGACCUCGUUUACUGUCUGUGUGUGGCGGACAGUGGCACUUUGGCCAUUUGCGGCUGGAUCAUAGAAAAUCAGGGGAGCGACAUCGUACUGGGUACAGUGCCUGUGCCGAACAUUGCCAAUUCUCAGAAGGCCAAAAGUGGUUCACGCGAAGUUGGUUUUGUGAGGGUCAGCUUGGACAGUGUUAGUCUUCAGGCUCCGGCCAACUGGACUGGCACCAAACCAUCGGAGCUUCCCCCACUCACUGCAUGCAAAGAUGCCUGGAAGAAAGUGAGCGCCGACCUGCAAAGCAGCAAAACCGAGCCCGUGGAUGUGCGGGCCCCUCGGCGGGUUCCUCAGAAGGGACGUCGCGGGUUAGCUUCGGAUCUUUCCAAUCUCCAGAGCCUGUUUGGGGAAGUCCCCGACGAUGGCGACGAGACGGAGGACGACGACGAAGAGCUGCCACCGAGGGCCUCGAAGUCAGGUUACCUGGCUCCCGGGCAGAGCUCCUUGGGCGAGGGGCGUCGGAAGAAGAAGGAAGACUAUCACAGGGGCGAGCAUUUCGAUCUAAAGAAGAUUGUGACCGCGGGGCUAGCCUCGGGACAGAGUCCUUCGGACCUGGUGCCAGUGAUGAUGUUAAGCAUGCUUCUGGAUCGAGAUCGCGACGACAAGAAGAAGAAGAAAAAGAAGGAUCGACCCAUGUCUUCUCAGGACGAUUUGGGACUCCUUGGUGGCUCAGACUCCGACAGCUCAAGCGACGAGGGCUCGGCUGGGAAAGGGAUGAAGUCAGUCAACACCCUUCAUCGAAUGCACCGGCAGAUCAAGGAGCGUCCUCACAAGAUCGUGGAGCUCUUCGAAAAGGAAGUAAUCGAGGAGAUGGGCAUCGUGAAGGGGCAGGCUUGGACACUGCGCGACUUUGUCCGUCGCCAGCAGUGGGGCAAGUUCAAGGGCAUCUACAGGUGCGCCAUUAUGGACGUGGCGGCCUACGAACUGAUCAGGUCCAACCAGGCGGAUGCCGCAGCAGCCCAGCUCGUGCAAAACCUCAAAGCAAAAAUGCAGUGUGUGAUCCAGGGAGGCGAGUGGUCGACAGCAUGGCUUCUAACAGGACUCGUGGAUCCUCUUGCGAGGCGAGAAUUCGCGGGGAGUCGCGAAGAGAUGAGCAUCGUAUCCGGCUACUUAGAGAGUGUGGCUCGCCUACAGAAGAAGCUUCGAGAGACCAAGGGCGCAGGCGUAGAGGACGACGACGAAGGAGGUGUGCUGCCCUACCCGGAGAUAAUCCGUUCUGGGGUAGUUGGUUCUGAUGGGCUUCCCCUUCGUCAUGUUUGGGCGAUGCAGUUUAUCAAUUCGUUGGUUUGCUGGUCAAACUUUGUGACUAUGGGGUGUCCUGUCGCUGGUGGCCGCUAUGAGCCGCGAGGAGGGUAUCGGUGUCUUGCUGAUAUGCGGGAAUUUGCCGACAUGCUUCUUGGCGAGGUGGUUGAAUUCGGUAGCCUUGACUUGCUUGAGGGAUCCUUGGCUUGCGAGGGUAAGCGGGGCGUCAUCGAUGAGCUUUUGUCCAAGGUGGAGUGUACAGCUGGUGCAUGUUAUUCUGAUUUUCGUGGGCCGGGCUUGGGGGAGGCUGGGGUACCCACUCUUCCCGUGAGAGCUGAGCGCAUUGCAGUGCCGAAGGUGGCUGGCACGGUGGAUCCGUGUCUUUGGCUGGAGCCGGGCCGCGCUGAGGUGGUUGGAAACCUGGAGAAGCUCAGAAAACCUGAGUGCGAGUGGGAGGAGAUUGUGCAUGCUUUUCAUCAGGUCCCUCCCGAUGAGGAGGACAAGGUGGUUCGCCGACUUUUGGAGACCAAGAUGGUUGAGCUUGUUCCUGAGUCAGAGUUGCCGCAGAGUGCCAGUGGAAGAUUAUUGAUUGGAGGUCUGUUCGCUGUGCUCAAGAAUGAGCAGGAGGAUCGACUAAUUUUUGACAGAAGGCCUGAGAAUGCCACGAUGCAUCGUCUCCGUUGGGCAAAACUACCGGCAGGUGCUUGCUUCGCCAAACUUUUGCUGGGCGAGAAGGAGUAUUUGCGUGCUUCGGGUGACGACCUCAGGAACUAUUACUAUAUGCUACGUCUUCCACGGAACUGGGUUAAGUACAAUGCUGCUGGAAGAAGGGUUUCCCCAAAGGUUCUCCGUGAUUAUGGUUUGGAUGCUUCUGUGCCACACCGAGCUUGCUUUGCAGUUCUGGGGAUGGGGGACAAGAAUGGGUGUGAUAUUGCUCAGGCGGUUCAUGAAGGGUUGCUGCGAAGGCAUGGCGUCUUGCUUCCCAUCAAUACCCUGCAAUAUGGAGAACAUCUGCCUGAGGGAGAGCUCCUCGAGGGUGUCUACUUGGACGAUUUGCUAGUGGCCAAGCGGUGCUCUGUUGAUGAGGUGAUCCCCCUUGAUGGUUCCUUUGUGCCCCCGCCUGCCCAGGUCGACGAUGCCGACGUCCUCGAGAUCAAGGCUGCGGAGAUGGCCUAUCAGGAGGCACAACUGCAACGGGCUGAGCACAAAGCGUUUAGGCUUCGAACUUUGUUCAAGGCAUGGGGAGCCGAGAUCGACGGCAUUCAAGGGAAGGCGGGGAGCCCGCUACAAGUACGUCAGCAGCUAUGGCAUCUGUUGCAAAAGCUGGUUGCAGGUGGAUGGGCUUCUCGUGAUCUCCUCAGGAAGGUGGUGGGAUACUUAUCAUAUGCCUUUCAAUAUCGACGUGAAUUGUAUUCCUUAAAACAUCACCUGUACAAGUUCCUUGCCAGGAUGAAGCCAAAGAAAUGGCAUCGAUUACCUGGUCACAUCCUUGACGAACUUCGUGCUUGUGCUCUACACUUACCAUUCGCAGUGUGGAACAUGCGUAGGAAGUUGAAUAGGGUUGUGACGGCCACGGACGCAACCCCAACGUCAGGUGGCUGCGUAUCUGCUGAAGUCAGUGAAGAGCUUGCUUCCGCUUUGUGGCGGCAUACGGAGGUGAGGGAGGAAGCCACUAGAUUGGAUCGUUCAGUCAUGUUGGAACUCCAGGCCGAAGCUCCGCGCGAGGCAUCAUUGUUUGCAAGUACGGUGGCGGAACGCUUACACUGGCAUGUUGAGAGUAGCUACAUGUUCCGUGAGACGUCCCACAUCAACUUACAAGAGGCCAGAGCGUUGCGGAAGGAGGUCAUUCGCAUGGCUGCUGAUCGUUUCCAUCAAGGGCAUGCUUGCAUCUUCCUCAAUGACAGCUUUGUUGUAACAGGGGCAUUUGCUAAAGGUCGUUCCUCAUCCUAUCGGCUCAAUGGUAUUCUCCGAGGUAUGCUGCCACAUCUGAUCUUUGGUCGCCUCGCCCUUGGCAUCAUUUGGAUUGAGACCGGCUCUAACCUUGCUGAUCACCCUUCAAGGUUCUCGCUGUUGCCUUCCCCAAAAACGUCGCCGGCAUGGUUGCAGAAGCUUUGUCCUGGGCUUAUGCGUCGCAGGGUUGGUUUGGAAAUUUUUGCCGGAACAGCGAGGGUGACUUCAGCGCAUGUAAGGAGGGGUUUCGAGAUGCGGCCUCCCAUUGACAUUCUCUAUGGCGGUGAUGCCUUUGAUGAGAUCAUCGACCAGGCCCUCAUGAAUGGUGAGUUGUUCUGGAUUUGGUUAGCUCCUCCAUGCAAAUCAUUCAGCCCGUUGAGGAACUUGGAUCAUGGUGGCCCGUUGAGGCCAAAGGGGCUACCCGAGGGGCGGGAGUCCAGCCAUGAAGUGAGACACGGGAACCGCUUGUGGAGGCGGGCGCUGCAACUGGUGGAGCUUGCGCUGAAGGCGGGGACGUAUGUCUUCUUGGAACAUCCUUGGCACUCCUCAGCUUGGCGGAUGAGGGAUUCAGAAGUGAUCUUGAAGCAUGAGAGUUUGAAGUCCUACCGUUUGGAGUGGUGUGCAUUUUCGGACAUGUCGCGCGUGGGGCUGCCUAAUCAAAAGCCGACUCGGGUGGUGACCAAUGCUCCGUGGUUCAAAGAUGUCCCUCGUCUCUGCCCCAAAAAUCAUGCCCAUGGUCCUCCGUUGAGGGGUGAAAGAGCUCGCUUGGCGGGUGCAUAUCCUCUUGAGUUCUGCGACGUCUUGGCUGAUGCCUUUGCGAAGUGGUCGGCGUAG